CACCACUCCAUCCCAAAUUCAAAAACAUUUUCUACCUCCACCCGUGCCCUCAUCCACUCGGUUUUUUACAAUUCAAUUGUGCCCCUGUGAUUGCAUAAAGAGUUGAUACUUUUUUCCGUUUAUUUUCAUUUCUUCUUCGGUAUAUAAUGCCUGCGGUUUUUUCGACACCAGUGAAUGGCUGUCGGAAAGAUUCUGUGUUUUGGUUUUUUAUUUUAGUCAGUAGUUGAUAUUCGCGAAUAUCUUCGUGAAUUUCAUCUGCAGAACUGAGUAAAACAGUGAUCUUUGAAAUUGUGAAGUGCGAAGAUUGAGGGAUUAGCUAAUUCAUCCGACUUUUGAGGACUCUUUACCCGCGAAUAAUGCCGUCAGUGCAUGCAAAUCAUCACGUCAGGGUGGGAAUGCCUAGGAGUCACUAUCUCUGGCAGCCCUGGCUCAAUUUUGACAUUAAAAAAAUCUUUGAGGAGAGGCCGAAGACGACGAGUCUGCAUAGAAAACCGAGCAGUGCGUGGCGGCGAGAGCGUAGGAGGGAUCCGAUUCAGAGUGAGGCCCUCGAUAUGUCCGCUACCCGUGUCCAUCAUCACACCAGGCCCAGUGUUAUCGUUCCCACUGCACCUCAACCUGGAGCGACAAGUGACGACACAGCUGUGACACCUACCCCAAGUGCAACCCCCUCGACAGCGAUAGGCGGCCAGAGAACCGGAAUUAGAAAUCCGUCUGGUGUUAGUGAUCCAGCCAUAGACGAGCACUUCAAGAGAUCGUUGGGCCUCGCGGAGUACGCCGCCGUCUUCAAUGCUUCCUCCAACGCUGACAGAGAGACAGGACUCAGCGUGGACGAUCACUUCGCUAAGGCCCUCGGCGACACAUGGGCGAGGCUGCAAGCAAAUGGAAACAAGGAGUCAACAUAACGAAAGCGAAAAAAAUCAUCGAGAAUCACAAAAAAAAUAUCUGAAAAAACUUAAUCCCCUCCUUCUUUCCAUUAGUUAUUAUUUAGCUACUAACUCACCAGCUAAAUAAGUACGUUAGGGUGGUAUAAGUCUUACCAAGUGUCUGAUGUACCCAAGUAUUUCAUUAAUUUUCCACUUCACUAAAAACUAGAAAAAAAAACAAAAUGCUGAAAACUCAAUGAAUUAAUCAUAGGAUAUCGAAAGUCAAUUAUAUCGAGGAUAACGUUAAAAAUAUGUUAAAUAUUGUACAUAAAACAAUCACGAGACUCUGGUUCCUCUGCAGCUGUCACAGUUGUUGCUAAUUGCGAAGUAAAUUUAUUUAUUAUCCAAUUUUGAAAUUCCGGAGUUGUCAAUCAGUAUCGUUAAGAUUUGGAGGUAAUUGGAAAUAUGAAAUAUUAUAGAGUUUUUUACACAGCCAGGUGUAUCUGUUUACGUAAUGUAAGGAUAAUAUUAUGUAUAGAGUAUACAUUGUGAUUAUAUGAAUAUAUAUUGAGGGAAUGUAUCCGAUGUGAUCGGUGGAUAAUUUUUCUGCGUUAAUGAGAGGAUAAAAAUAUUGAGGAAUAAAUUAUAAACAGAUAUUACGAGA